GAUUAAAGAAAAUCCAGAUGGGGUGCAGGUGCUGCAAAAUGAUACAAAGCUAUAUUUUUGAUCCAGAAGAAGUACAAUCACCUGGAUACACUCCUGAAGUGAACAGCUACAAACAAGAUGAGCAAGACAGCAAUAAAUUCAAAUUCAAACAGAACAGUGAAAUUCAAGAACACAAAAAUGAACUCCAAAAGGAUGAGUUAAAGAGAACAGAAAAUAAAAAACAGGUAAAUACUACAAAAGAAACUCUCUGGAAUCACAGAGGAAGUGCUUUUCAAGAAGACAGUCCUGUGAAGUGUGUUGCAAAGCCUGAUGUUGCAGUCAAUGGUGGCAACCCCUGCGCUGGAGCAUACCCCAGUCUCAACCCCAACAUAAGUCCAAUGAAGGAAGCCAGCAAACAGGGAACCUCCAGCUUGUUAGCAGAGUCUUCUUCAGCCAGCACCAGAGACUUCUACCCCAAACUAAAUGAGUCUGGUCAAAAAUUUGACCUAGAAGCAGGCAGUCACUGUAAGUCAGCCUGUAAAGAGCCAGACAGUAUUCAAGAUGGGAACUCCCACUCGGCAGGGGAAAACACCUCUCUCAUAGGAAGUGUCAUACUGGAGACACAAAAUAAUGCCAUACAAUUGCCAGAUGUAGAUUAUCCCCAAAACAGCAACCAAACCAGGAACUAUGUUGAAAAAGAUAGCUUUUCAGUUGAUUAUGCAUGCUCAGAUCAAAACACCAGGCCUUCAGCAAAACAUGACCAGGACCUUUAUUUAACUCUGCCUUUACAUAUGAAGGAAAGCAGUACUGAACCUUUUAAAACUUCCUCUGUAAGUCUGAGUGAGGACAUUCCUGACGGUAUCACUGCCAAAGCCCUUACCACAGCAGCACAGGCACCGACACACUCAGACCACAGAGAUAUCAAUGGAGAAAUUGAGGAGGAAGACGCAGAAGUGGCAGCAGCUCUGGCUGCCCUGGAAGCUGCAACUGCAGGGGAAGAUCUGGAAGAUGACGAUGAGUACUAGAAGAAGGUUUCUUUCUAAUACGUUGAUAAUCUUGUUCCGGAUCUAAAUGAAUGCAUGUGCAGUA